GCAGCCUGAGCCUGGGCACCUCUUGAUGCCUCCUGAGAUUGCCCCAUUCACAGCUGGUUCCCGGAUGGGGCAGCUCCCAUGCGGGGCUGGGAGGUGAUGGGAGGGCGAACUGGGCAACUGCAGGAGGGGAUGUGGUUUGCUGGGCGUUGCAACGAUCUGGCUUUGCUCUGACCACAGUAGAUUUGGCCUGGAGAUUGCAGAGAAACCAUCUGUUGGGGAAGAAAGGGGCCGAGUGCAUCAUGGGCUUCCUGGGGCUGCAGCCCCCAGCGCAGUUCCUCAUUCCGCUCGCACUCGGGCCUCAGGCUCGGCGGAGCUGGACAUCAGGGUGUUGGUGGCAGCACUGAGGGGUCCCCACUGCCCCGUCAUGUCGUCUGCUCUCACCGUCCUCCUCGGCUGCUGGCUGGCUGGGCACAGCGGGGUCUGGGGAGCAGGGCGAGAAUUUCCCAAACCCACCAUCUGGGUGAGCCCCAGCCGGGUGGUGGCGCUCGGGGGAAGCGUCACCAUCCGCUGUGCGGGUCGGUACCCGGGCAUGGAGUUCUUUCUGCGUAAAGCUGGACACCCGAACCUGCAGGUUCAGAUGGUGCCUGAUGGGACCGUGGCUGAAUUUCCCAUCGCCAGUGUCAGCCGGGAAGAUGGAGGGAGCUACACCUGUGAAUAUCGCUCCAUAGUGGAACAGAAUCGCAUAUCGCAUCCCAGUGACUCCAUUGAGAUCAUUGUAGGAGAGCCCAGCUACCCCAAACCCAGCAUCUCCCUGAGCUCCAGCGGGGGGGUCUCCCUGGGGGGAGCCGUGAGCGUCUGGUGUCGGGGGCAGCGCUGGGGCGUGCGGUUCGUGCUGAAUAAAGAGGGACGCCAUUUCCCACCUGUGGAUUCGGACGACAAUGAGGCUGUGUUUCCCAUCAGCAACGUGCGCCGGGAGGACGGCGGGAGCUACAGCUGCUCCUAUCACAGCAGAUCGGAGCCGUUCACUGUGUCGUACCCUAGCGACCCCGUGGAGCUGGUGGUGAGAGAUCCCAGAUUACCCAGACCCUCCAUCUCGCUGAGCGUCACUGGGGACACCAUCCGGUGUCAGGGGCAGCGCCGGGACGUGAGGUUCUUCCUGCACAAGGCUGGAGAUCGGAACCCGCAGCGACACGUGGACCCUGCUGGGGACGGGGCCGAGUUCCGCAUCCCCACCGUGGGCCGGCAGCAGGGAGGGAACUACAGCUGCAGCUACCGGCCCCAAUCAGAGCCCUUCAUCUCCUCGCAGCCCAGCGACCCCGUGCAGCUGGUGGUAGCAGCAGACCCCCUGGAUUUCACCAACGCCAACGUCGCCCGCCUGGGGCUGGGUGCUGCGGUCCUGCUCGUCCUGGGGCUGAUCCUGGCUGAGGCCUAUUACAGCCGCCCAAGGGGGGCACCCUAGGAGCCUGGAUCCAGCCAUGCAGGGAAGAGAAUCUCCCCGGGGGACAAGUGGUUUCCCCAUGGGGUGCUGAGACACCGGCACAAACCCCCCUGCUCCCAAACACCCCUGCCUCAGAGAAUUUCCCCCAUAAACAGCUCCCAACCUGACAGCAGUGUGACGGGUUCGUUCACAGAGACCCCCCUUGGGACUGUUACCCGAGCCCUUUUUCUCUGCCAGUUUGGGUGUCCAGAACCCUGCCUUGUUGAGCUAACCUGCUGCAAACACAGACCCAGGGUCUGAACCACGCCCCGAAAGCUGCAGAC